UAAGCCGAGGCACAUAAUUCGGCAAACGUCAUGCAAACCAUUAUCUCCAUUCAAGAAGCCGAUUCAUUCUCGCGCCCCAACGACUAAUCUCCCCCAAUUCUGUCUACAUAUUCAAUCCUUAUCACAUCUUCAGUCAAUAUAUCGCUCCUUUAAUAUCCUAAUUCUGCUAGUAAGACGAGCUGGCGGUCACAUUCACUCCUUCUAUAUUUCAAAGUAGGGUUGUUUGGUAUUUAACCACACCCCCUACUGAAUUGGAUCAACACGUAUACUUCCAAUUCCACCUUCCAACUUUUUGGAUACCUCACUCUUGACACACUACCCUGCUAGCACGCGCAAGUUCUUCCUGUACCAUGUCUCAAUCAAAGAUUGAGGACCAUAAGAAGGCGGUUGCAGUGGCUGCAACGCAGCAAAGUGAUAAUAUAGCGCAUGCAUUAGCUGGUGCUGGUGGUGGAAUCCUCUCUAUGGUCUUGACCUACCCCUUGAUCACACUUUCAACAAGGGCGCAAGUUGAAUCUAAACGUGCUCAUUCAACGACCGCCGAUGCCAUCCGCCGUAUCGUUCAACGGGAAGGAGUUAGUGGACUUUAUUCAGGUCUUGAGUCAGCGCUUUUUGGCAUCAGCGUAACCAACUUCGUCUAUUAUUACUGGUAUGAAUGGACCCGCUCGGCCUUUGAGAAGGCUGCUACAAAGGCUGGUCGAGCCUCAACGAAGCUUACGACCGCCGAAUCUAUGAUUGCUGGGGCCAUCGCCGGAAGUGCAACUGUGUUGAUCACUAACCCCAUCUGGGUUGUGAAUACUCGGAUGACAGCGCGAAAAUCCGAGUCAGACGAACCGGUAUUGCCGGGCGCUGCCAAAAAGACAAAGGCUUCGACGAUCAGCACUCUCCUGGACCUGCUCCGGCAGGAGGGACCUAAGGCCCUUUUUGCCGGCGUCCUGCCGGCUCUCGUCUUGGUGAUUAACCCCAUCCUACAGUACACCAUCUUUGAGCAGUUGAAGAACGUAGUGGAACGUCGUAGGCGUAUGACGCCGAAAGAUGCGUUUUACCUUGGCGCUCUGGGCAAGAUCUUGGCCACGUCCAUCACAUACCCUUAUAUAACUGUCAAAAGUCGGAUGCACGUUGCUAGCAAGGACGGCCCGAAGGAAACUUUGAACGGCAGCUUGAAGAGAAUCAUCAAGGAGGAGGGGUACGUGGGACUGUAUAAAGGUAUUGGCCCAAAGGUGACACAGAGUGCUAUUACUGCAGCAUUCUUGUUCGCAUUCAAGGAUGUUUUGUAUGAUACAAUGGUAGCUAUUCGAAAGAGGAACCGGGUGUCCAAGUAGAGUAUAUGUUAGCUAGCUGCGAGCAAGCUAUCAAGAGGGUGUCUUGGAGCCGGAGAAGAAUGUUCCCAGACUCUUCAGUGUUUGCUCUUUCACUUUAGAGUAUGGUAUGUUAUUAUUAUCAGGUACUCGGAUAGGCUACGGCCCACUAGUACUGACUCAUCGAAUGUAUCGAUUUGAUAGAGUGCAACAGGGAGUUAUGUUCGACUCAUUUUGUGUAUGUGAAAGAUCGGUUUUCUUUUAUAAAUACAAAAAAGUGGAACUAGUAGUUAGGUACUUAGUAAGAAAUGUAUAACCUGGG